UGUCCGGCGGGGACUCCACGGCCGCGGCCGCCGCCGCCUCCCCGCAGCCGCUGCCGUUCUCGCUGCCGAAGCCGCCGCCCCUCAUGCAGCUGACGCCGGGCGACGCCGUGCGGCCGGUGGGCUCGGGCGCCGACCAAUCGCCGAAGAGCGCGCGGCUGGCGGCGCGCCCCGAUUGGCCGGCGGGGAAGCCCGUCAGCCUCCUGGCGCCGCUGCUCCCGCCCCGCGGGGACCCCGAGCCGCUGCUGCCCUUCGGGCCCGCGGCCCCGCGGCCGCCGCUGCGCGGGCGCCUCCUGGGCCGCUGCGGGGGCUCCCUGCUCAGCCCCGCCAUGCGGCCCGGCGGCGUCGACCGCGGGUCUCUCAUGAUGGGCCACCCGGGAAUGCCCCACUACCCCCCCAUGGGGAUGCACCCCAUGGGCCAGAGACCUCCCAACAUGCCCCCAGUCCCCCACGGGAUGAUGCCUCAGAUGAUGCCCCCCAUGGGAGGACCCCCGAUGGGGCAGAUGCCUGGAAUGAUGCAGUCAGUGAUGCCUGGAAUGAUGAUGUCCCACAUGUCCCAGGCUGCCAUGCAGCCCACGGUUCCUCCAGGAGUGAACAGCAUGGAUGCACAAGUAGGUGUGACCCCUCCUGGGACUCAGACAACGCAUCCCGUGGUCUCCACGGUCCAGCAGAGCUCCAGCAGCAGCAGCUCUGCCAGCGAGGAGCACUCCAAGCAGAAAUCCACGUGGACGGAGCACAAAUCGCCGGAUGGAAGAACUUAUUACUACAACACCGAGACCAAGCAGUCCACGUGGGAGAAGCCAGAUGACCUCAAAACCCCUGCUGAGCAAUUGUUAUCCAAGUGUCCCUGGAAGGAGUAUAAAUCAGAUUCUGGGAAGCCUUAUUAUUACAAUUCCCAAACAAAGGAAUCCCGCUGGGCAAAACCCAAAGAGCUGGAGGAUCUUGAAGCAAUGAUUAAAGCUGAAGAAAACAGCACGAAGCCCGAGGACGCGGCUGCCGCCGCCUCGGCUCCGGCCGCGGCCGGGGACGCUCCGAGCGGGGCCAGCGCGGCCGCGGCCACCGAGAGCGCCGCGGCCACGGCCGCUCCCUCAGGAGCCGCUCCCAAGGGGGAAGCUGCGCCGGCCGCCGCCACGGGGGACACGGAUGGCACCGGCACGGCCGCAGCCGAGGAGCAAGGCCAGGGCGGCGCCGCCCCCGGCGCGCAGGACGGGAGCGCGGACGCCGCCGCCGCCGCCACGGAUGAGGCGGCCAAGCAGGAGGCCUCGGGAGAUGCUGCUGCAAAGAAAGAGGAUGAGGAUGCCCAACCAGUUAAAAAAACCUACACGUGGAACACAAAGGAAGAGGCCAAACAAGCAUUUAAAGAACUGUUAAAAGAAAAGCGAGUUCCAUCCAAUGCUUCCUGGGAGCAGGCCAUGAAAAUGAUCAUUAAUGACCCCAGAUACAGUGCUUUGGCAAAACUGAGUGAAAAGAAGCAGGCCUUUAAUGCCUACAAAGUUCAGACAGAGAAGGAGGAGAAGGAAGAAGCCAGAUCCAAGUACAAGGAAGCCAAGGAAUCCUUCCAGCGCUUCCUGGAAAACCAUGAGAAGAUGACAUCCACCACCAGAUACAAAAAAGCUGAGCAGAUGUUUGGGGAGAUGGAGGUGUGGAAUGCCAUAUCCGAGCGGGACCGGCUGGAGAUUUAUGAGGAUGUUUUGUUCUUCCUGUCCAAGAAGGAGAAGGAACAAGCCAAGCAGCUGCGGAAGAGGAACUGGGAAGCUCUGAAGAACAUCUUGGAUAACAUGGCCAACGUCACCUACUGCACCACCUGGUCAGAGGCCCAGCAGUACCUCAUGGACAACCCCACCUUUGCUGAGGAUGAGGAGCUCCAGAACAUGGAUAAGGAGGAUGCCCUGAUCUGUUUUGAGGAGCACAUCAGGGCCUUGGAAAAAGAGGAGGAGGAAGAAAAGCAGAAGAGUUUGCUGAGGGAAAGGAGGAGGCAGCGUAAAAACAGGGAGUCUUUCCAGCUGUUUCUGGAUGAGCUGCACGAGCACGGGCAGUUGCACUCCAUGUCCUCCUGGAUGGAACUGUACCCAGCCAUCAGCUCCGACAUCAGAUUCACCAGCAUGCUCGGCCAGCCUGGAUCAACUGCACUCGACCUGUUCAAGUUUUAUGUGGAGGAUUUAAAAGCUCGUUACCACGAUGAGAAGAAGAUAAUUAAAGACAUCUUAAAGGAUAAAGGAUUUGUGGUGGAAGUGAACACCUCCUUUGAGGAUUUUGUCACUGUCAUCAGCUCCACUAAAAGAGCCACCACGUUGGAUGCAGGGAAUAUCAAGCUGGCUUUCAACAGUCUGCUGGAGAAGGCGGAAGCGCGGGAACGGGAGCGGGAGAAGGAGGAGGCACGGAAGAUGAAGAGGAAGGAAUCAGCCUUCAAGAGCAUGUUGAAACAAGCCACCCCCCCCAUCGAGCUGGAUGCUGUCUGGGAGGAUAUCAGAGACAGAUUUGUGAAGGAACCAGCAUUUGAAGACAUCACUCUGGAAUCUGAAAGGAAAAGGAUAUUUAAGGAUUUCCUUCAUGUACUUGAGCACGAGUGUCAACACCACCACUCCAAGACCAAGAAACAUUCGAAGAAAUCCAAAAAACACCACCGGAAGCGCUCCCGUUCCCGCUCCGGCUCAGAGUCUGAGGACGACGACAGCCACUCCAAGAAGAAGCGGCAGCGCUCGGAAUCGCGGUCGGUGUCGGAGCGUUCUUCCAGCGCCGAAUCCGAGAGGAGUUACAAGAAGUCCAAAAAACACAAGAAGAAGAGCAAGAAGAGGAGGCACAAGUCUGAUUCACCAGAAUCUGAUGCGGAACGAGAGAAGGACAAGAAAGAAAGAGAGAGGGACAGCGAGAAGGAAAGAGCCAGACAGAGAUCUGAGUCCAAGCAUAAAUCUCCCACUAAAAAACGGCCUGGAAAAGAUUCUGGAAACUGGGAUACCUCUGGCAGCGAGCUCAGCGAGGGGGAGCUGGAAAAACAGAGGAGGACUCUUUUGGAACAGCUGGAUGAAGAUCAAUGAGAAGAUCCUUGAUACCAAAAAUGUUUACAGGAAUAAAAAUCCGAUGUUAAACGCAAUUCCAUGUGUUGCCUUAAGAACCUGCUGCAGAAUGUACCUGCACAGCCCAGAGGAGGGAGGAGGAAGCAGCUCCAGCCCUGUUUUCCAGCCCCUGCACGUUCAGGAAGGCGCCCCCAGCCCUGCUCGGUGAGAAAAUUGGGAAGCCGCUGUCCUUGGAAUAUUUUUGUACAUUUUUAUCAAUGAUUAAACCUUGUCUUUUAGCAUGUA